CGCGCGGUAGGCCGAUAGCUCUGCUCCCCUGGCCCGCCCUGCGAUAUAUAACACGAGCCAUCAAGGGCAAGCCAGCCAGCCAGCCAAACACCAACAGCAACUUCAUCCAUCCAGGAUUCGAGCGAGCGAGCGAGCGGGAGAUGGCGAGGAAGCAGGGGGCGGCAUGGAGGAGGAGCGGCUUCGUGAGGCAAUACACCAGGUCCAGCGUGCCGAGGAUGAGGUGGACGGCCGAGCUCGAGAGCAGCUUCGUGGGAGCCGUCGAGCGCCUCGGCGGCCGGGACAGCGCCAAGGUGACUCCUAAGCGCAUUCUCGAGCUCAUGGACGUCCGAGGGCUCACCAUAUCCCACGUCAAGAGCCACCUUCAGAUGUACAGAUGCACACCGCAUGACAAUGGAAAGAAAGGUGACGUAGGUGCCAAAAAUCCCUGUGCCUUUCUUCCUGAGACGCAGCCACAACUCGGUCUCAAGAAUCACCCGUUUGCCACCGACGAGCGAGGCUCCGAAGGACUCACAUUCCCACCCAUGAAAAGGGCCAAGGCAGGGGCAGAGGUUGCAGCCUCAUGCAAGAGCAUGCAAGGGAACAGUGGUAUGAGGAUGAUGAUUCCUGGCAACCGGUGCUGCAUUGAUGAUUACGUGCAACUGCAAGCAAUGUCCAUGGACAGGAUGAGGAGGAGCGUAAACGAGGGCCUCCGACGGCACAGCGCUGCUGCUGCAAGCCUCCAGGAAUUACGACCCUGGGUGCAAGGCCCAGAGGCCUCUAAGGAUAGCAAACCGGGAGCAGUCCGUCGUCUGAACCAUACGGCGAGACAGUUACCUUCCAUGGAGAGAUACGAGAGUGGGUGCUUCCUGUUCAGCAGUGCAACGAGCGGAGAGUGUGAGCCGGCGGCUUACUUGGGGGCCAACCAACGCUCGCCGUCCCCAUGGUUCGCCGUGGAGCAGAGAGCCGUGAAAGAUGUCUCCUCCUGGCCCAGCCAGAGCAGCUGUGCGCUCUCGCCGUCUUCGAGGAGCUUCAGCGACUGCUCGGGGCCUCCGGACUGCAGUUUUGCUGGGCAGGGGAUUAACCUGGAACUUUCUCUGUCGAUACCUGGAUUGUAGUUUAGAACGUUACGCAUGCUAGCUGUUUUUGUAGACCGGUUUCAGCAUUGGGUUAUCAUGUUUGUUUCAGCUGAUCGCCUGGUGUUUUUUUUUGUUGUUGUUGUUGUUGGUAGUCCUCCAAGCAUGCCGCAAAUGGGGCUAGUGAUUAGUCGUUUUUUUCAGAAAAGGAGGGCACACCCCUGGACUCUGCUAGUGAAUAGUCGCUUUAAGAGACGCCUUGAAUAUAAGGCAGUAUGGCAAGGGAUGUAA